CGUAGGGUAAAAUUGAAACCUGGUGGUCUAUCUCCUGAUAACGUCUGCGCCGAUCGGUGCAUGUUGUGAUAAAUUGACUUUUCUCUUUUUUGUGGUUCUUUUGUGCAGUCGUUGUAAUCGAAAAGAGUUUCUAUUUUAUAAAACUAAGAGAUUAAAAUGUCGCGAGUUGGGCAGAUACAAUCAGCCUCUGGGGAGGAGAAAUUGGCAGUUAAUUUGCCGCUCGAGAUAUUUCGCGAGGCGAAGAAGUGCCCAGCCUGUGGGAUGGACAUUCAGGCAGUCUCGACUCAAAUUACUAUGGCAUGGGUGCCGGACACGUCUAGUUCUCGGCAGUCUCGGGACGGCCCAGUGCUGUACCAUGCGCAUUGCUUGCAGCGCCAGCUGCUCGUGGACGGCAUUGUACAGGUAGAGACGUUUUUGAAGGAAGCAUCUUCUAGCUCGUUGUCAUCGUCGUCCGCAUCUUCAUGCUCUUCAUCUGCUUCAGCCGGAAAUAGGUCGAAGGAGGCUGGAGUAUCAAGCCAGAACAAAAGCGUAGCCUAUCAACAAGUCGCCGGUGGAAGCUCUUCAUCCACGGGCAAGCAGGGUUCUAGAAAAGGUAUAAUACGUGAUGGUGCUCUAGAAGUACCUUCAUCGAAAGACCAGGUGAAGCUUGCUUUCUUCACCCGGAUGCGCGCACAGGAAGGCAAAAUGCCCUCUGCGAGUGAAGCUUGCGGAGACAAAAAGACACUAGAUCCUGGCGUCGGUCUGAAAAUGAACCUUCUCGGCAAUGCAACCUUGAGCGAAAACCGUCAAUUGCUUCCUGGGGAGCGGAAAAAACUCGAGAAAAACCGUAGGGACGAGAAGGCAAAGCAACUGAAUUCAGAUCCGCUCUGGGAGACACACGCACCUUUCUACUCCUACGUAGGGCAAAUGUGGGCAACCCAGUUUGUUGGUGGAAGGGAAGUACUGCGACGUCAUCAGGGACGAGAAACUGGCAGCUCUUCCUCGGAUGGUGACAUCAUAGACCUUACGAGCGACGCCGAUGGCGCUGCGCAGCGAGUCCGUAGUCCGACAACCUUCGUAGCAUCAUGCUGUUCGCGACCUGUGUCCUCUACAGACGCAAUGGCGUUGCCGUGCGAGGGUUGUUGGAAUUUUUUUCAUCUUUACUGCGUUGGCGUUGGAGACCGACUAGACUUACAGCCAUCGGAAAGCGGAGAUUUUGCAAGCCAGGUAGAGCUAGAGCGGCUUCUUGCGGUGACCACAGUAGCAGAUGUCACAGCAGCGGCAACAUCUUCUGGAGUUGUACUAGAAGAUGAAGAAGGUAAGCAUAAGCAAGGACAAGGUAAGCAGAAGACUGGUGGGGCGAAGGCGCGAAAGGCUACUACGAAUACUUUAUCUAGCACGUUGACCAAAGCUUCGUCUGCGCGUGCUGCGUCUUUUGAUAGCGUGUUGCAGACUGUGGCGAAGGUUUUCGAAGAACAUGUCUCGAGAACAACGCGGGAAGAUAGUGGAGGCGGAGUCCUGAAGGACCUCUUCGCACUCCCACCGGUAUCGACAGUUGGCACAGCCUCCGUUUCGGGAUCCAAUACGAUUUUUCCGUCAAGCACCAUGAAUGGCGGGUUGCGGUCACGAUUUCUCUGCGAGCCGUGCGGCCGUGCCCGCAAAAAGCGAAGGCAUGUUGAAGAACUGCCUCCUGCAUUUCAGAAGGUUUCACAAGUAGCCGCGUUCACGCCCACGGUGGAUCUCCCAGAAGUGAGCAAUCACCUACCUGCUCUUGGUCAGAUGAAUUACUUGGCACGUUUCGCGGCGAAAAGACGGAAAGCCCAAAUUCCAGCAGCUGCAAAUAGCAGUAGUAGCAAUGACGAGAAUGGACGCGAUCAAGCGGGAACAAGUUCAAGAGAAGAAGGUCAGAGCCAGAUGAUGAACAACGCUUCCGAGACAAAUAAAUUUGUACUGAAUCCAGUUUAUGAAACUGACUUUCUGGGAGGUGGCGGAGCGAAAGCGAGUAGAGAUGAUACUUAGCAUCUUCCAAUUGUAAGUAACAAAUUCAUCAGAUAAAUUGCACUUACUUCAUGUUGAUUAUCAUUUGAUUUUCAACGCUACUAUGGAUUCACG